AUGGCCUCUGCGGCAAGGCUCAUAUUGGCGUUUAUCAACAAAAUGGGCUAUCCCACCGACUCACUGAGAAUUAAUUUGUUCGUUGAUGAAAUUUUCCAGAUGUUACUGACUAAAUUUCGCAUCUUCUGUCGACGUUGCCUAGCUGCGAACAUCUGUCGCCCCCAACCUGCCGAGAAACAACUGGACGCUAAAUUUUUCUCGGGCGUUGUUGAGGGACUUGUACCUGAAAAGAUGCAAUCUGCGACCGUCUACAAAUCCCAAACUGUUGGAUUAGUUUGCCGUUUGUUGGAACUAGAGGGAGUGGUUGCCAUUACAUUUUCGGAAACUUUUGGACCACCUGAAAAAUCCACAAUAUGUACUACUGUGACAUCACUUGGCGAGGCAACACAGGCAGUCCUGCUACCUCAGGAGUCAGGCUAA